GAUGUUUAAUUUGAGUGCGGCUGCGCGCUGCUCAAUGCUUUCGCCGUUGCUGACGCGACUUGGCAGUAAAAAAGGAAAGUGUGGACCCUCUGGCAGAAGCUAGCGACGUUAUCUUAACUGGGAAUAGAAUACAGCCGGAGUGUAGUUGUAAUUGUGAUUUUAGGAGGCAAGCUAUUGAUAGUAAGACAGCGGCGAUCUCAACCUGCGGCUCACCAACCUCCCGUAUGUGAUCGCCCUUGCUCGUCGUCGGACGCUGCCAGCGAGGGCCAAGAAACGAAACAGCAUAUCGCCAUUAUAUGAUCCAGUGUCCAGCGUCGCUUUUACCCUCCAUGUGGGUGAGGGAGCUGUGUGUAUCAGAUUAUGGCGAGAAAAACAGUUAGCAGGAAAAGGAAGGCAGGAGAGCCCAAGGACCAACAACAGCUGGGCUGGUGUCAAGCACCAAACAAGCGGAGUCGUGUAUCUUGUUCAUCACGUCAUGCCCAGCAGUGGUGGUGCAACCGGCGCUCGGUGGUGUGCGCCCUGCGGGGGCGGGAGUUCAGACCUCAGCAGCAGCAUGAGGUGCGGCUCCAGCGGAGCCUCCGGGGCUUUGCAGCCGGCAGGCUCCCCGGCAUCCUGAAGGAGAGGGAGUUCUCCCUGGGGAGACUCAACAAGGUGUUCGCGUCGCAGUGGCUCAACCACAGGCAGGUGGUCUGUGGGACCAAGUGCAACACGCUUUUCGUUGCGGAUGUCCUGACGGGGCAGAUAACGCGCAUUCCCAUGCUAAAGGACAGGGAGUGUACUAGUGGAGGCUCUGGGGUUGUGGGCGCAGUGGUGGGGCGGCAAUACCACCCAUCAGGGGGCUCUCGUGCCCGGCUGGACCAGCAGGGCUGUGGGAUCCACGCCAUCGAACUGAACCCUUCCAAAACACUUCUGGCCACCGGGGGAGACAACCCCAACAGCCUGGCCAUCUACCAGCUGCCCACACUGGACCCUGUGUGCGUGGGGGAUGAUGGUCACAAUGACUGGAUCUUCUCCAUAGCGUGGAUCAGUGACAACAUGGCAGUUUCUGGGUCCCGAGAUGGCUCCAUGGGCCUUUGGGAGGUGACAGAGGAAGUAAUGAGUCAGGCUGAGCGCAGUCAGAAUGAGGAGGCAGUCCCUUCGUACGCCCACAUCUCCCAUCGGGCCCUCAAGGACAUCCCCAAGGAGUACACCAACCCAUACAACUGUAAAGUCCGCGCUCUGGCCUUCAACAACAACCAUAAGGAACUGGGUGCUGUGUCUUUGGAUGGUUACUUCCAUCUCUGGAAAGCAGAGUACAACUUGUGCAAGAUCCUGUCCACCAAGCUGCCUCACUGCAAAGAGAAUGUGUGUCUGGCAUACGGACAGGAGUGGUCGGUGUACGCUGUGGGUUCUCAGGCCCAUGUUUCCUUCCUGGAUCCACGGCAGCCUACACACAGCAUCAAAUCUGUCAAUUCCCGAGAGCGAGGAAGCGGGAUCCGUUCAGUGAGUUUCUACGAGCACAUUGUGACAGUGGGCACCGGCCAAGGUUCCCUACUCUUCUACGACAUCCGGGCCCAGAGAUUCCUGGAGAACGCUUUGAAUCCAGCCGGAGGGUACCGGAAGUGCCCUGGAGAUGGUAUCCUCAAACUCUCCACAGGGAAAGGCUGGCUGAAUCACGAUGAGACGUGGAGGAGUUACUUCUCGGACAUUCAUUCCUUCCCCAACGCGGUGUACACGCACUGCUACGACGACUCCGGCACCAAGCUGUUUGUAGCUGGUGGACCUCUCUGUUCGGGUCUGCAUGGGAACUACGCAGGCCUGUGGAGCUAGCCUCUGUGUCCUCCAUCGCCCUAUCACUACAUCCUCAGCCAUCCCCUCCCUCUUCCAGUCUGUUGACAUCACAGUCUUUGGAAUCCCCCUUGCUCACCUCUGUUUUGCUCUCACGUGGACUCAGGAGCAUGAUCUUGCACCCCACAGUAUCACGGCUUUGAAUAUCGUUAUUGUGUAUGUUAAAGUUUGUGUCCACUCUCCCUUUCUCCUCCAAUUAUUCCUUUGCUCCUUUCACCUCAGCUACUCAGUUGUUGUUUUGUUUUUUUAAUGAAAAUGUAAAAACAAUUAACUGCGGAUUCUGCCACAGAAGAGCUCGCAGGAGAAGCAUUAAGAGUAAAGUAAUACAGGUUCUCAUCAUUUAAAACAUCCAACCCGCAGGGAUAAUGAUAUGGUCCGGUUUGCUUUUGUAUUUAAGGAUAGUGUUAACCGCUGCUUCCUCUCUGAUAAAACACAGUGUCUUCGUGAAAUACCUGUGGAUGAUUUUUGGAAAUAGUUCCUUUCCUUUCUCUCACUGAAAUGGACGGCAAUAAAAGAGAGGGCGAGGUGAAGGAGGACUGAAGAGCGAGCUCAUUUUGCAAGACUGAACCAGAGUGCAGUUUGAUAUUUGAUAUGAAUAUUAACUGGAACAGCCUGUCCUGUCCCGCAACAAUCACAAACAACUUCUCCUUUCUCCUGAUUGAGAAGUAAAAAAAUGAAGCCAAUCAGAAUGAGACUUUGUGUUCAUGUGUUCUCAAUAAGAUGAUGUAAAGGAGAAACAUUAAGAUUGCUCAAUGCAAUCUUCUGCUAUGAAAUAAUCCCAUCAAAAGCAUAUUUUAUUUUCUGACCGUGUGUGAUUUGAAAGGCAUUCCCCUGCUGAUAUUCUAAUUUGCUUUAUUUUUUUAUUUAUUUUCCCCUUUCUCUGCCACCUUUACUCAGUUGGUCAUGGGUGUUGAUAUCUCCUUCUUUUGAAGGAUAUAUUUUCUCUCUUUGCUUAUGUUGCUUUUCUUUUAGACCAGAGAAUUUAUACAAAGUUGAAAUUUAGGAACAAGUUAAGAAUCAUCAAAUAUGAUUGAUAGCUAGAGGAGCCCCCCUCAUGAUUCUGGGACUGCUCCACAGGAACUUGAGAGAAAAUCUGUAGUAGCUCACUGGUCUUCUUAACCACCCAUCAGGAAGGUUGCAAGGAGAACUAAUGAAACCGUUUCGACUCUACACUGGAGUUAGUUGCUGCAGGCACAUCAUUUUAAUGUUACAGUUGUACAACUUAACUUUUUCCUCUUUUUUUGUAUCAAGGAGUGAGCUGUUCUGCUCUUUUCCUUGUUUGUUAGAGAGUAGGCUCGAGUUACGUUUGGGCCUUCCUCAGGUCUUUCUGUGAAAGACUGACACAGGCGAUCAUAAUUUCCUUUUCUACAUGGAACUUUUCUCCAGUUUUCAUGAUAAUGACAUAUUGAAAAGAGAAACCCCAACUAUGACCACAAAUUGAACAAAAAAACCAACACUUUUAAAAUGCAUUUUAUAUAUAAAUGUGUGUAUGUGAAAAUACAUAGGGACAAUUGCAUACAUUUUUAUGUAUAUGUCUGAGGAAGUGUGUGGAUUAUGUCUACUUGGUGAUGCCCUGUUUUUUUAAUACAUGCCUCAUGAAUGUUUUUACAAAUGACUAAAUCUGAGGAUAUUGUAAGAUAAACAUCUGGAAAAAAACAAGCUAUAAAAUCUUUAAAAAGAGUAAAUAAUAAAAAUAAAAUGUAUAUUGAUGUAAUG